AUCGCUUCUCGGCCUUUUGGCUAAGAUCAAGUGUAGUAUCUGUUCUUAUCAGUUUAAUAUCUGAUAUGUCCUCUAUUUGAGGACUAUAUAUUAAAUGGAUUUUUGGAGCUGGGAGAUGGAAUAGGGGCUUGCUUCGUCCACUCCAUGCAUCGACCUGGUAUUGCAGUACCUCCAGGAACGGUGCACCUCCCUUCGGGGAGAAUAUUACUGGUACAAAAGAUAGAUAAAAAUUUGUUCUUUAUUGUUUGGUGCUAAACUAUAAUUCAUCCUAUUUCAUGAGAAUAUGAUUUUUUUUCUCAACGUUGUGUGUAAGCUCGAAUUGUUUUCUCAUGUCUCAAAGAAAUACACCCGUUAAUACCGUAAAUAUGUUUGUUUCUUCUUAAGGGUUGGAAUGACCCCUCGGAGGCCAUCUAUUCUAGCCGAACCGCCUCCAAUGCAGGACUCUUUUGCCCAAGGGUGUGUGUGGCGGCUCUUGAACUCACAAUCCUGAAGCUGAGUCUCAUGCUCUACCGACUGAGCUAUUCCAGCAUGCUCAUUCACAUACUCAUAAAAACAAAGGGCUUCGACCCCAUAACAAUGUUUGAAGCUUUGGGAAUUCGUGUCUGCAACGUAGACGUGCCACAUAAGAUCCAUUCUGCAUUUUUAAUAACUCAAGUCUCUUAGGGUGGCAGCACAAGUACACUUUGGAACUCCCUGCCUAUUGAUAUCAGGCUUUCGUUCUACUUUUUCAGUGCCUGCUAAAAACAUUUUUGUUCCUGCAAGCGUAGGCAAGUUUUUAUACAGUCGAUGAGGGUUUUAAUCUGUUUUUAGUCGAAUGUUAUUUUAACGUUUCAAAAGUCUUGAAUAGCAGAACUCUUUGAGGGGUUUAGCGGUGUAUAAAUUUUAUGAACUAAAAUAAAUAAAUUCGAGGAAGAAUCGCAACAGCACCGCAGCCCCAUAAACACGAACAAGCAACCUUAGCAAAACCCAAACAGCAAACGAAGCAAUAAAAACCCACUCAAAUUGGCAGAUAACGAGAACCUCAACCCGCUUCCCUAGUACGCAUCGGUGCGGUGGGUCCGUGCUCCCUCCAAGAAUUACCGUAGUCAACAUUUCUCCUCCCACGUGGCAGAGCAGUAGCGAAACACAUCAGGGAAAUGGUGGCAAAAGUUUGACCUGCUUUGCAAUUGACCCAGAUGCCGAUGUUCUCUUGCUUUGCAGCGCUGAACUACUUCCUCCUUGUACUCUCCUUAGCUCCUCCUUCCCCCUUCCUCCCGCCCCCCUGAAGAUGGCUGCAGCAACAGCAGCAAGCUGGCUGAAAGGUCCUCCGGGUGUUUUCAGGACCCUCUUGUGCUCCUCGCUUUCUUCUGCUUCUUCCUCUUCCUCUUGGUCAGGUGAUCUCCUUCGGCAAAUGGACCGGCGUGACGCCUGGGACCGCUUCUACACCGCUAAGGAGAAAGGAGCUUCGUGUCCUGGCCACUUCGACUGGUUCUUUUCCUACGAAGAUGUCUCGGGGUUCCUGCUCUCCUUCCUUCAGAGCUCGCUGGCCGGCCGGACCCAAAUCCUAGACGUCGGCUGCGGCACAUCUGCUUUAAGUCUGGGGCUCUUUCGAGACUCGCCCCGGCAACUUCGCAUCUCGUGUUUGGAUUUCUCCCCUCCAGCCAUUGACUCCCUGCGACAGCUGGUGAGGGAGAGCCCCCCGCCGGGGCACCCCCUUUCAGAACUGCACUGCUACCUGGCCGAUGCCACUGCUUUGACCAGCACCUUCGAGGAGGGAUCGUUCCACCUCGUACUCGACAAGGGGACCUGUGAUACGCUGCUACGAUGCCCCCAGGGCCCGGGCAGAGCCAAGACGUUGGUGUCAGAGUGCCUGAGGGUGCUGAGGCCCACAGGCAACCUUCUUCAGUUUUCCGAUGAGGAUCCGGACGCCAGGGUACCGUUUUUGGAACAGGCAGGUGGGGGGAAAGUUACCGUGAAGGAAAUCGCGCAUAUCAGUGGCAUCUGUUACUAUGCUUACAUACUAAGCCCAGGCUCUUCAGGGACUCGUGGGGCUGUCAAAUAGAAGAGGAACCGGAAAAUUCUAUCCUGUGGGGUGGAGGAAAACCUUUGAGGCCAGCCGGGGUUUAGAAAUUGGGUGCUAGCUAAUGCUCUUCAAGGAAUCGAUCGUGUAGUGUGGCAGCAUCUGCUCUCUGGAACUCCUUGCCACUUGACUUUAGGCAGGCGCCUUUGUUGUGCUGUUUUUAAUGUCUGCCAAAAACUUUUCCGUGUAAGCAAGCCUACCCAGGGAAGGAAGAGCUGGAAGGGGGGAAACAACAGGAAUGGCAAAAGGGAAUGAAAAUGAGCCGGUUGAGAGUUAUUCUCAUUUAUUAUAUUUCUCACCCACCCUUCACCACCAGGCUCCAGGGUGGGUUACAACAAAUUAAAAAUACGUUAUUUUAAAAUAAGUUACAACGAAUGACAGUCGAGAGAAUAGGAUGGGUUCUAAGAUAUACAUACCAGUAUAUAUCUGAGGUGUCAAAGAGGUUGAUCUUCGGCAUAUGACAAAAAUUACAUAAUGCAGGUGCCAUACACAACUCUGUGGGGAGGAAUUUCACAACUGAGGGGCUGCCACAGAGAAUGUCCUUGCCCAGGCCUCCACCACCACCCCAAAUUUUUGAGGGUGGUGGAACUACCAGCAGGGGCCCCUCUGCCAACCCUAACACUCGAGAGGCAGCCAUCCAGAUACCGGUUAUUUGGGGCCUAAGUAAUUGAGAACCCCAGACAUUAUCCUGGCUGUUGCAUUUUGGACUAUUUGACGUUUCCAAAUUAUCUUCAAGGGCAGCCCCGCAUGCAGUGUGUUGCAGUAAUCCAGCUGGAAGUUACCAGAGUGUGGAAUACAGUGGCCAAGUCAUUUCUGUCCAAAAGCUGGAUCCAGGAGUUACCAUCAAGCUAUACAGAGAUGCUUCUUCUAGCUGCAUGUAUAUAGAUUUAGGCGCAGGCAAAAAACCAAAGGUGGAGAACCCCCUUUCGAUUUGAGGGCCACAUUCUCUUUUAGACAGCCUUUUGGGGGCCUAGGGGGGAAGCAGGUGUGUGUGAGGAGCAGAGGUGACUGGAAAGAGUCCCAAGGGCCAGACAGAGAUGUGAAGGCCUGGGGGGAAUGUUUUUUUAUAUAAAAUAAAAUAAAAUAAUAAUAUUAUUAUUCCAUGCUUUUUUCUCCCAAGCCUUCACAUUUCUACACCUAGAGAGUCACAUGUGCCUCUCCCGCCCCAGUUUAAGCCAAGAGCUAAAUGGAAAAGGAGAUGGCACCAUGCAGGAAUUGUGGGGAGGAGCUUCAGGCCUAAUCCUCUGCUGACAGACGCUCACCCCCGGUUGAUAGAAUGAUGCUGGUCGCCUUUGCCAUGUUUGUCUGCAGGCCCCUUUGCCUGGGCUGUCUGCCACCCCUCCGAGAGACACCUCAAAACAAAACAGCAGGAAGCCACUUUUGCUCCUUUCCAAGGCGAUGCCCCAGAGUCCCUUUCCAAGACGUUGCCAAGUCGUGAUUAGACGUGGGUGGCGUUGGGAAAGUGCCGUUUCUGUCCACCUGUCCCAGGGAAACGUCGUGCAGAACGUUACAGAAGCACCUCCUCCACAUCGCUGUCGAAAGAUGACAAUCCUUGGAAAACAAGAAAACAGGAAGAGGGGGAAGGAGGUUAUAGUCGGAGCUGGGUAACCUGAAAAUCUCUCGCAAAUAAGUGGGACAGGUACAGAAAAAAUAUAGUAAAAGUUUAAUAUCUAUGCCAGCAUUCGAGUGAUUGAGGAUAGUUAAAGAGUUGCACUUACAAAAUGGAGGAUGCACAGUGUUGUUAGAAUGUAUUGGAUAAUAAUUUAUAGGAAUGGUUACUAAGCGGAGUACGUUCAUUUUCAAGAAAUAUGUAUAUGCAUUGAGAAUUAUCAGGAAGUCAAAACUCAAUUUUUCUUUUCCUUUUUCCCCCUUUCUUUUUUCUUUUUCCUUUUUCGUUUGCGGUUGACUCCCUUGUGCUUGCGUCUAAGGGUUGAUAUAAAAUAAGAUGACAAGGGACAAAGAGGGUAGAGAAUAUUUCUAUUUUGGUGUGGGAAAGGGUGACAGUUAAGGAAAUGUUGGUGUAACAGUGUGUAAGAACAAAUGAAUAUUUUUGGGUUUUUGAUUUAUGACUUUUGUAUCUAUGUUGCUUUUUGUAUUGGUAAAAAUAUGCAAGAAAAGAAAAGAAAAUCUCUCGCAAAGGAUUCUGUGCCGUGUUCACUCAGUAAAGUGUGGCAUACUAGGGUGCUAUUUUUCUAGAAAAAGAGGUGCCAUGAGCGUCUCCCUUGAUAAU